GGGGGCAGCGCCAGAGCCCGGCGGGGCCGGGGCGGCCGGGCCGGGCCCUGCCCACACCCGCUGCGCCCCUGCCCCUUUAAGGGGGCGUGGCCCCCGCCACAUCGGGCCAUGCACGGGGGCGUGGUUCUCGGGAAGAGCCAAUGGGCGCGCUCGGCCCCGCCCCGCCCCGCCCGCGGCUAAUGAGGGGAGCCGGCGCGCGCCGCAGGCCGAGCCCGCAGAGCCCCGAGGGAGCCGGGAGAGUUCCGGGAGAGCCGAGAGCCCCAGAGAGCCUCGGGAGAACGGAGCGCCCCAAGAUAACACAGAGCCCCAGAGAACAGAGAGCCCCGAACGCCGCUGCCAUGGCCGAAGCUGACAUUGCUUUGAUUGGACUGGCCGUGAUGGGUCAGAACCUGAUUUUGAACAUGAAUGACCACGGCUUCGUGGUUUGUGCUUUCAACAGGACGGUUUCCAAAGUGGAUGAUUUCCUGGCUAACGAGGCCAAGGGGACCAAAGUGAUCGGUGCUCACAGCCUGGAGGAGAUGGUCUCCACGCUGAAGAAGCCCCGUCGCAUCAUCUUGCUGGUGAAGGCUGGAAGUGCAGUGGAUGACUUCAUCAACAAACUGGUGCCAUUGUUGGAGACUGGAGACAUCAUAAUUGAUGGUGGGAAUUCUGAGUAUAGAGAUACCACGAGGCGUUGUAAGGAGCUACAGGCAAAGGGCAUCCUAUUUGUGGGAAGUGGUGUUAGUGGUGGGGAGGAGGGUGCCAGAUAUGGACCCUCUCUCAUGCCAGGAGGAGCCAAGGAAGCCUGGCCCCACAUCAAGACCAUAUUUCAAAGCAUUGCUGCUAAAGUGGGAUCUGGGGAACCUUGUUGUGACUGGGUGGGAGAGGAAGGAGCUGGACAUUUUGUGAAGAUGGUGCACAAUGGGAUUGAGUAUGGAGACAUGCAGCUAAUCUGUGAGGCCUAUCACCUGAUGAAAGAUGUGGUGGGCAUGGAGCAUGAUGAGAUGGCGAAGGUAUUUCAGGAGUGGAAUAAGACAGAGUUGGACUCUUUCCUGAUUGAAAUCACAGCCAAUAUUCUCAAAUUUAAAGACAGUGAUGGCAAAUACCUCCUCCCAAAGAUCAGGGACAGUGCAGGGCAAAAAGGCACAGGGAAGUGGACAGCCAUUUCUGCCCUGGAGUACGGAGUCCCGGUCACACUCAUCGGUGAAGCUGUGUUUGCACGGUGCCUGUCUUCCCUCAAGGAUGAGAGAGUGCAGGCCAGUAAGGUGCUGGAAGGGCCCAGAAUGACUCCAUUCAGUGGGAACAAGAAGGCCUUCCUGGAGGACAUCCGCAAGGCCCUGUAUGCUUCCAAGAUUAUCUCAUAUACUCAAGGCUUCAUGCUGCUGAGACAAGCAGCCAAAGAAUUUGGCUGGACACUGAAUUAUGGUGGUAUUGCACUGAUGUGGAGGGGAGGCUGCAUCAUCAGAAGUGUGUUCCUGGGAAAAAUCAAAGAUGCUUUUGAUCGAAACCCUGAGCUCCAGAAUUUGCUGUUGGAUGAUUUCUUUAAGAAAGCUGUAGAAAACUGUCAGGAGUCCUGGCGCCGUGUGAUCAGUACUGCAGUGCAGAUUGGAAUCCCUAUGCCCUGCUUCACCACAGCACUGUCUUUUUAUGAUGGAUACAGGCACGAGACACUGCCAGCUAACCUGAUUCAGGCUCAGCGUGAUUACUUUGGUGCACAUACCUAUGAAUUAUUAUCAAAGCCAGGGGUAUUUAUCCACACUAACUGGACAGGCCAUGGAGGAAACGUGUCCUCUUCUGCUUACAAUGUCUAAUGGAAAUUCUAACACUUGGAACCAAGAUACUGUAGAUCUCAGAUAUUUCUUCUAAAAUAUCACUUUUUACUGUACUCAUUAGAACUUGUGUUUGGACACUUUUGUAAUAACUUGUGGCUGUAUUUCAUACAUAUAUGUAUAUCUCUCUAUAUGUAUCAUAUAAAAAUAAAAUAAAUU